UUUUUAGAGCAUAUCGCGUUUAGAUUACUUUCGAACUGUCAAACAUCCCACAAAGGGAAACAUCAACAAUAACGAACGUAUCGGUGCAUCGCGCAUAGCAAGAACAUUUGCAGCCACAUUCAGGAAUUGACUUAAAAAUAAAAUAAUACUGUAAAAUAGCUUUUCUCUGCAAUAUUAUCCAUCAACAAAUCACACCAUGUAUCAGAACAUUCUGUGUCGUGUUUGUGCAACGACGGAAACGGCGUGUGUUUUGGUGGACAAUUUUGAUAAACAGUGCAACCAGCCGUCGGUCGCUGAUCUGCUAUGCGAACUAGCAGGCCUUGAGGUGCGCGAUGAUGAUGGGUUACCGCAACACUGCUGUAUAGAAUGCUACACCGAGCUAGUGAAGGCAGCAUCAGUGAGACGAAAGUGUAUCGAGUCAGACAAACUCAUUAGAACUUACAUUGAAUCCAGCCUCGUACACGCGGAAGAGCUAUGCGAAGUACAGAUCGAUGACGAAUCCAAUGUUUCCUCCGAGGACGAGCACGCUGCUGCAGCGGGGAAAAGCGGUUCACUCUAUCGCUGCUACGAGUGUUGUAUAGAUUUCCACAACAGCGAACGGUUGAGGCAGCACUACGAAUCGAAGCAUGCUAGUGCUAUCUACGGUUGGCAUAGCUUCGGAAUCAGUGAAACCUCUCUGUUCGAUUCCACUGACGAGGAUGUGGAAGACGAAGAGGAUGAAACAGAAAUUCGACCCGAGAGAAGAGCAAAGAGUUUGUUUGCUAUCGAAAAUCCGGAAUACUAUCGGUGCUGCGGCUGUAAAGAUGUGUUCGAUACAAAGGAAGAGCUCGAGGAACAUUCCGACCGGAUGCAUGCCCCGUUUGCAGCCAUCCACACCAAGGGCAAACCGUACAAGUGCAACAUAUGCUACUCUGGCUUUAGCCAACUCAGAGGCGUCAAAGCCCACCAAAUUAUGUACAGUUUUCCGCGCUUUCUGUGCAUAAUUUGCGGUCAGCUUUGCUGCACACUGAAACAUCUAAUGCAUCACGAGCGGACCCAUAGCGAACCUUCCUACAGCUGUGCCGACUGUGGUAAGGAAUUCGUGCACGAGAUGCAACUCCGUAACCAUCGGGAAGCCAAGCACCUUGAUAAAAGCGCAAGAAAGAAGUACGUUUGCGAUGUAUGCGGCAAGGAGUUGCUUGCGAAGGUGUCGCUUAGAAAGCAUACGUUGGUAAUGCAUUCUGGGGAACGCCCGUACGCCUGCAACCUGUGCGACGCUCGGUUCCAGAUAAAGGCGUACCUGACGAGCCAUAUGACGGUACACAAUCGUCUGCACACCUGCGGGAAUUGCGAUAAGUCGUUCCCGUGCCAAAAAGCCCUUAUCGAGCAUAUGCGCAGCCAUACGGGUGAACUAGCCGAGAAAUGCCCUCUAUGUCCUGCCAUGUUUCGCCAAAAGAACUCGGUUAGAAAGCAUUUAAAAGCGGCGCACCAACCAAACAGCGAGCGGAAACGGAAGUAUGGAUUCAGAAGAGUGACCAGAGUACGGUAAACGGCAGCAACUUAGUUUUCUCGUGCUCAGAAUUUUCCACAAUGUAUCAACCAAUGAACGAAAAUACAACGAAAAGACAACAACGUCGCACUUGGUAGUAGAGUGUUAUUUGUAUGCUCUCUCUCUCUUUUGCUUCUGGUUUAAGAUCUUAUAUUUGUAAUUCUUUUUUUUUGUAUUUAUUUUCAGUUUGUUGUUUUUUUGUUUGUUUGUUUGGUUCACUUUUUUGUUUUGUUUUGCUUUGUAGCUCGCUCUUUACAGAACUUGUUUCAUAUACUCGCGUGUACAUUUAGUUUCUACUUUAUGCUUUUCCUUCUCUGUUCUUUUCCGCCCCCCUUUCCUUACUUCUUCAUUGUCUCUUCCUUUCUCUCUCGCUCUUUAACGUUUCACUUCACAUUAGUAAAGCGCAAUCAUGGUGCUCGCAAAAGGAAGGUGGAUUUCUAUAUAGGGGGGGGGGGGGGGGAGGACCUCUUUCCUUCGAAAUAUAGUGGUUAGUGUUUUUUUUAGUUUCCGCUCCCUUUUACAUAAAAUAUACGAUCAGACACACAGGACAAACCUAGUACAUUUUGCAACGUUUUUUUGUUAGAUCGCGUGCGCUUUUCUGCGUGAUGCUCUCUCACGACGCGCAUUCCAAAAAGUGUUGCGGAUUUGCUCCGUUUGCGUUUUUAUGCCGAUGCGCGAAUUUCGCUACUCUCUUGCACACGGGGUGGUGGUGUAUAGCUACUAAAUGAGACAUUGUGCAACAUUUGUUUGGGUGUUUUGCAUGUAUUUUGUGUAUGCGUGGGUGUGUGUGAUUUGUUAGUAUACAUACAAACAGAAAAGCAUAGAAAGAAGAUACUUUUUUGACUUAUAGAAAAAAAGACCGUAAUUCGAAUUAAAUUUUGAAUUAAACAUAUUACCAGAAGCAGCUGCUAAACGCCUUCUCCCCAUCUUUUCCGAAUAAACUUUAACGCGAUAAUGCUUACAUUUUUUUCUGUUUGUUUAGCAUCGAUCCAAUACUUUUCAAAAGUUAAAUUAAAACUACAGACAAACCAACGAUCGAUACGACACAAAUAGAGACACACACACAAAAAAAGAACUAAAGAUAAGCGCAUUUAAUUAACAAAGGUAAACAUGAAUGAGUGUAAUAUAAAACGUGUGUGUGUGUGUAUGUAUAUAGGUAGUAGUAUGUACAGCUAGAAAAAUCAUCCUAGACCCUUUUCUUCUCCUCCUUCUCAAGCUUCCACCCACCAACUCCUUCAACUCAUGAUACCCCUCCGAGCAAUGAUGGGUUU